CACACAAACACAAACAGAGACAGAGACAGAGACAAACCUCAGAUCCUUGGAUCCCAUAUCUCUCUCUCUUAACAACCUCCAUUUCUGACUCUUAUUUCUUAAUAUAUAUAUAUAGGAAUAGAAUGUACCUAUAUAAACCAAACUCUCUCUAUAUCUCGAGCUCCUUCUAUCUUGAUUGAAAGCAAAGUCUCUCUGAUACACAAUAGUGUGAAUUUGAAGACAAGGACAACAGCAAUACCCAGAAAAAAAAAAGUAUUCCUUCAAGACCCAGCAAAAUCCAUACCUCUUAUUCCUGAAUAUACACAUAACAGACACUACCUUCAAUGCCAUUAUGACCGUUCUCAAUUUAUUUAAUGUGGGGUUUGUGUGAUCUGAGAUGGGGGGUUGAGCUUUGUUGCAAUGUGUGUUGUGUUUAAGCGUUCCUAGGUGUUGGGUUUUGGUUGGUUGUUCUUUGGGAUCUUGAAAGAACAUGGCUUUGUUCCGCAAGUUCUUUUAUAGGAAGCCACCAGAAGGGCUUUUGGAGAUCUCUGAAAGGGUUUAUGUAUUUGAUUGCUGCUUCACAACGGAUGUUUGGGAAGAAGAUGAAUAUAAAGUCUAUAUAGGAGGCAUAGUUGGUCAACUCCGCGAACACUCCCCUGAUGCUUCAUUCAUGGUCUUCAACUUUCGAGAAGGAGAGAACCAAAGCCAGAUAUGUAACAUACUGUCUGAAUAUGAUAUGACGGUGAUGGAUUAUCCACGACACUAUGAAGGUUGCCCGUUACUCACAAUGGAGAUGAUCCACCACUUUUUGAGAUCAAGUGAAAGCUGGCUGUCACUCGGGCAACAAAAUGUGCUUUUGAUGCAUUGUGAACGUGGUGGAUGGCCAGUAUUGGCUUUCAUGCUGGCUUCCCUCCUGAUUUACAGGAAGCAGUACACUGGUGAACAAAAAACUCUGGACAUGAUUUACAAGCAAGCACCACGGGAACUUUUGCAGUUAAUGUCACCACUGAAUCCAUUGCCUUCGCAAAUCAGGUACCUUCAGUAUGUAUCCAGAAGAAAUGUCGGCUCAGAAUGGCCUCCACUGGACAGGGCCCUUACAUUAGACUGCGUCAUAAUUAGAUUCAUUCCUAAUAUGGAUGGAGCGGGUGGUUGCCGUCCAAUAUUUAGGAUCUAUGGACAGGAUCCUUUUAUGGCUGCUGAUCGGACAACCAAAGUUCUGUUCUCGACUUCAAAGAGGAGCAAACUUGUUCGGCACUACAGUCAGGAAGAUUGUGAACUUGUUAAAUUUGACAUCCAUUGCCACAUCCAAGGUGAUGUUGUUCUUGAGUGCAUUAGUUUGGAUGAUGAUCUGGAACGUGAACAGAUGAUGUUUCGGGUUAUGUUCAAUACAGCCUUUAUAAGAUCAAAUAUUUUGAUGCUUAAUCGUGAUGACAUUGAUGUCGUAUGGAAUGUGAAGGAUCAAUUUCCCAAGGAUUUUAGAGCAGAGGUUCUUUUUUCGGAUAUGGAUGCUACUGGUCCUCCUAUUUCAAUUGAUUUGGCUGGUUUAGAGGAGAAAGAAGGGCUUCCUGUGGAAGCAUUUGCUAAAGUUAAAGAGAUUUUCAGCAAUGUGGAUUGGCAAGAUCCAAACGCUGAUGCAGCACUAAACGUUAUUCAACAAAUCACAGCGUCUAAUAUUCUUCAGGAAAGUCUGGAGGCUGUUUCUGUUCUCACUGCUGAAACAGGUAGCUCGUUGCAAGAUUCAAGUCAUGAAAAACUAAAAUCAGAAUCCAGUGCCUCUGAAAACAACAUCAGGUGCCUCACAUCGGUGGAUAUGCUCCAACAAAUCAAAGUAUCAAAUGCCAUUCAGAAAAUAUUGGAUCCCAUGCAUUCUGCAGAAGUGGGUAGCUUGUUGCUGGAUUCAACUCCAGAAAAUCUAAAAUCAGAAUUAAAGGACUCAGAAAAAAUAACCAGGAAUCCCACGUUGAUGGACCAGGGAAAACAAUCUACAACCUCUUUUGAAUCAUCUCUAGAUUCUCUAUUAGUUAGGAAGAAGAUUGAGCCCCAAGAGUUACGGUUUGCUCUCCAACGGCCUGCCCAACCUAAGAUCAUAUCCCAAAGAGGACCUCAAACUUCCCUAUCUACUCCAGUUUCAUAUUCUAAUUCUUUGCAAGGUUCACCUGUGCCUAUAUCAAGAUACCAUAGUGCACCCUCAGCCCUUGGCAUUACAGCUUUAUUGCAUGAUCAUGCUGCAUCUAGUAGUGAAGAGGUUAAGCAUGCGUUGACAGUACCUUUACCUUCUCCCACUUCUUUGGCUGCUAUUUCAAGUACACUCAAACCUGUACAGCCAACUAAUGUGCCUAUUCCUCCAACAAAAACACCUCCACUGCCCCCUUUCUCAUUGCAAUCUUCAAUGGAUGCUCCUACAUCUCAGUCAAUGCCUCUACCAAUUUCAAGUGCAGCAGAUUCUUCACCUACCCAACAUCCUGGGACCACAGUACAGUCAUCAUUACCUCCUCCUCCCCCUCCACCCCCUCCUUUAGGGGCAUCUCAAUCCUUUGCUAUCAAGAGUUCAUGUACAAUCCCCUCUCCCCCUCCUCCACCACCUUCAUUGGCUGGGGUGCCAUCUUUGUCUGUCAAGAGUUCAUUUUCAACUCCCCCACCCCCACCUCCACCUCCACCUCCGCCUACUUUGACCGAAACAUUCCCAUCUUCCAGUAUCAGAGACUCAUUUUCAACUCCCCCUCCCCCUCCUCCCCCUCCUCCAUCCCCUGGCAUUCCUUCUGUACUACCUGUAAAGAACUCAGCAGUUACAUCUGCCCCUCCUCCAUCACCUCCUCCCCCUCCUCCACAUUCUAGAUUUGCUUCUGGUCCUAAUAAAACAUCUUCAGCACCAGCACCAGCACCACCCCCUCCUCCAGCUCUGUUUGUGAAUGGGUUAACGAAAGUGGGUAGUUCCGCUCCACAGUCUUCCUCUGUAGUUAGUAAUGGAAAUGUAUCUCCAAUUCCUGGACCACCUUCUGGUGCUCCAUUCAGUGCAAAGGGACGGGGCUUAUCACGUAUAGGUUCUAGAAAUCUGGCUCAGCCUAAAAAGUCUAAUCUUAAGCCAUAUCAUUGGUUAAAGUUGACUAGGGCCAUGUCAGGAAGCUUAUGGGCUGAGGCACAGAAAUCUGAUGAAGCUACUAAGGCUCCAGAGUUUGACAUGUCAGAACUUGAGAGUCUUUUCUCUACUGCUUUGCCAAAUUCAGAUCAUGGAAGCACAGGAGGAAAAUCAAAUCGCCGUGCCUCUGGACCUAAAUCUGAAAAAGUUCAGCUGAUUGAGCUAAGGCGAGCAUAUAAUUGUGAAAUCAUGCUUUCAAAAGUUAAAGUCCCUAUUCCUGAUUUGAUGAGUUUAGUCUUGGCCUUGGAUGAGUCAGCGCUAGAUAUUGAUCAGGUUGAGAACCUCAUAAAGUUUUGUCCAACAAAAGAAGAGACAGAAUUGCUAAAGGGUUAUGGUGGAAAUAAGGAAAACUUGGGAAAAUGUGAACAGUUCUUCUUAGAAUUGAUGAAAGUGCCACGGGUAGAGUCAAAGUUGAGAGUUUUCUCCUUUAAGAUACAGUUCCGUUGUCAGGUUUCCGACCUUAGAAAAAAUUUGAACAUUGUCAAUUCUGCAUCUGAAGUGAUCAGGAAUUCAGUCAAGUUGAAAAGAAUCAUGCAAACAAUUCUUUCUCUGGGUAAUGCUUUGAACCAUGGAACUGCAAGAGGUUCUGCAAUUGGAUUUCGUUUGGAUAGUCUCCUUAAACUCACUGAUACACGGGCCCGGAACAACAAGAUGACUCUCAUGCAUUAUCUUUGUAAGGUGCUUGCUGAGAAGUUGCCAGAACUUCUAGAUUUUCAUAAAGACUUAGUGAAUUUGGAGGCUUCAACAAAGAUACAAUUGAAAUAUCUGGCAGAGGAAAUGCAGGCCAUUAGUAAGGGGCUGGAGAAGGUUGUACAGGAAUUGACUGCCUCAGAAAAUGAUGGUCCUGUGUCUGAAAAAUUUUGCAAGAUAUUAAAUGAAUUCCUCGGUCAUGCGGAAGCUGAAGUGAGGUCUUUGGCUUCGCUUUAUACUAAUGUGGGUAGAAAUGCUGAUGCUUUGGCUCAGUAUUUUGGGGAAGAUCCAGCCCGGUGUCCAUUUGAGCAAGUCGUAUCUACUCUGUUCAACUUUGUGAGGAUGUUUGUACGAGCACAUGAGGAAAACUGCAAGCAGAUUGAGCUUGAAAAAAAGAGAGCGCAGAAGGAGGAAGAAGAGAAAUUGAAGUUAAAUGCACCCAAAAAGGGGCCCUUACACUGGAUGCAGACUGCCAUCAAGAGUGGCAACGUCAAAUGAUCAAGUGUUACAAAAAUUACAUUCUGAUGAGCAACACAAGAUAACAUAAUUGCCCCAUGGAUGAAAACACCCUAAAAAGGACUGAGAAAACAAACCACAACUGGCAGCACUGAUGUUGAUGACAUGGAGAUUGUUUAAUCUGAAUGGUAAGGAGGAUAAGCAGUUAAUGAAAUGCAGGUGGUGCAUGGCUGGGAGAGUCAUUUUUAAACAUUGUGCUGGAGUUGAAGGAGUCCUGUUCGAUGAGCUACUUUUAUGAAGCUCUUUAAGAAUUAUGUAGUGUAAAUCUGUUAUCAUCAUUUUUUACUGUGUAUAUAUUUUUUGAUUGAUAGGGAUGUAAAUGUUGAUAUAUAUACACACAUGGAUAGUACAUAAAGAUGAGUAGAGAGCAAUAUUUUCUCCUCUUGAAAGUAAGCAAUUAUCAAAGAUGAGUAGAGAGCAAUAUUUUUCUCCUUUUUCACCCAACAAAAUUGAUAUUACGUGAGUUGUUUUGAACUGA